AUGAAUCCGUACAUAUCAGACCCGAUUCACAUUCCCAAGACUGAUCCGUAUGCGGAUAUACCCUUCUAUGGCAGAUACUUUCCAAGGCCAGUUGACUUCCGGAUCGAUAUCCAGCACGUCAAUUCUAGCUCUGAAGAGUCUCUCCAAUAUUGGGCUACAGUCAUUGGACUUUGCACAGAAUCAAACAUGAUUUACCCGGCCGACGAAAAUGAAGGUCGCGAUGUUUUCGCCGUUGGUAGCAUCAUCGUCAAAUCAAGCCACCGACACCAACAUGCCAGGAUCGAUUACUCGUACGCCGAUGCUAACGAAGUCGAGGCAAUUGCUAUUGCCAGGAGUGUCCUAGAGGGAGUCAGAGUGCCAGAUAUCUAUUUUGCCGGCAAGAUUAACGGUCGCCCAGUAUUAGCCCAGGAGAGACUUCCCGGCGUAUGUCUGAAUGUUGCAUGGCCAUAUCUAUCCGAGGACCAAAAGAAAUCUUUUAAAUCACAGGCUCGGGAGAUACUUGGACAAUUGCACGCUAUCAAGGCCCCAAGCAACCGUCAGACCCGUGACCAUGUUGUUACGGAUCCUAACAUCCUGACAAAUGGUCGUUUAAACCCCAGGGAGGCACAUAUCCUCUUCUCAGCCAACAUUGACCAAGAUAUGAGCUUUAUGCAUAACGAUUUUACGCCAUCUAACUGCAUCGUUAGUAAUGAUGGGAUUGUGGGAUUAAUUGACUGGGAGAUGGCUGGUUAUUUUGGCUGGAGUACAGCUAGGGAAGUUCAUGAAAGGAUUAGAUAUCCUCAAAGAGAACAUUAUAUCAGGGCCAAAUUGAGUGAGGAGGAGCUUCAAAGUAUAAUGUGGUGGAAUGACCUUUACGACAACUCAUUGCUUCAAGCUUAA